GCGGCCUCUCCAUGUGCCCGCUGCGAACUGUCAACAUUGACUCGCUCCGACCUCCGAAGGAGAAAGCGCAAGUGUGUAUUUCGGGGAAAGUACGAGCCGAAAGCUCCUCGUCACCAUGAAGGUGGUCGGAUCUACGUGCGCCCUGAAGAGCAAAGUGGGCGGCGACGACAUGGUGCGCUGCUUGUCCGAGCAGAGCCUCGCCAUCUCCAAGUGCAAGAUCCCGCUGCUGGACGAGCAGAUGAGCGUCUUCCUGCAGGACAUGAACAGCUGCUACAGCAAGCUCAAGGAGCUCGUGCCCACCCUGCCGACCAACAAGAAGGCGAGCAAGGUGGAGAUCCUGCAGCACGUCAUCGACUACAUCUGGGAUCUGCAGGUGGAGCUGGACGAGCCCGAGAGGAGCCGCGCGCACCAGCCGGGAGCCGCGCAACCUCGCACGCCGCUCACCGCGCUCAACGCGGAGCUCGCCGGCAUCGCCGUAGACAACGCGUGCUCGGACGACAGGAUCAUGUGCCGCUGAGAGCUCGGCGCAGCAUCUUCAGCUUCACGAGGCUUUUCCAAAGAUGUCACCGUGCAGCAUCCGCGGAAACCUUUGAACUGUUGUUAGGGGCGGGGGG